CAAUCCGUUGGACGCUUACUGCUCCUUACUUUGAAGGUUGAAAUGUCCAACUCCCAUGGCUACGAGGAGUUGGCUACUCUUGAUGAGCAGGCAUGUACACGAUUCCUGAAACGGUACCAGGAAAUUUCCGAAGCCGCUCCGUUCGCAUUCCGACUAAGAUCUAUCAACGUUUCCCAGCUCCUGGACGAGUCACCCCUGCUGCUGUUAUCCAUAAUUGUAACCGCCAGUAGCAGCAACCACAAAGUGCAAAGACAAGCAGACCGAGCAUUCCUCCAUGCAUUCGCUGACAGAGUCAUCUUCAACGGUGAGAAGAGGAUGGAAAUUUUCCAAAGUCUACUCACCUAUCUGAACUGGUACCACCAACGGUUUGACUCUCAGAAGCAGCAAUUCUACCAAUUUAUGCAACUGGCCAAUGGCAUGGCCGCGGAUCUUUUUUUGCCACGACUGUUCGCUUGUGAUACUGCAGCACUCGUAAAGACGCCCCAAAUUACCGACCGAGCUCGGGUCUUUCUCCAGUGUUACUACCUCAAUGUCGGUGGCAACGCUCUGGGUUUCGACCGGCCGGAGACGAUGCAAUGCCCUCAGAGCUUAUUAGGGGCCGCGCACGUAUUGGCGACGGCACGAGAGUUUCCCUUCGACGAGGAUGCUCCCGUAAUUCUUGAAUUGAUGGUCAUCGCAAGUCAGCACCAAAAAUGGAUGAGGAGCUCCAAGGAUGAUGCGCGAUGCUUUGGAGGGCUGCAGAAUUUGAGGGACUCAUUGUGUGGGUGGAGAGCCAAAGGCAUGUCCUCAUCCACACAAGACAUGUUGGCUCCAACAUACCACUUUGUCACAGCGUACACUUUUCUCAAGUCAAAAGCUCUCAGACAGCCCGGCUCUCUUGCGAUUGAGAUCGGAUUGGAAGCAUGUCAAGCAGUCUUGACUCAGAUUCUUGCGCAAGGAUCUUCCCAUCUCGUGGAGCUAUGCAUAGUGGAGUGGGCACAUCUGAUCACCACUCUCUUCAUCCUGCCUUGGCUCGAGAUCUCAGCCACUCUGAUCCAGUCGACGAGAUCCGUGAGCGCACACACCCCUUCCACGAUCGGCUUCAUCUCGGCAUUCCGCGCACAGCUACUUGAUCUAAAAAUCCAAUCAGAACAGGAGAAGAUCCUCCAGGCCGAGACAUUGGUUGGCUGGCUGGAGACCAUUCUCACAGCCGUUGAAACGAGGGCAACCGCGCUCUCCGGCAAAUUUUCGAACUCUGCCAACGAAGAGGAAACCGCGUUCGAGUUGGUCAAUUCGUUCCUGAAUAAGGAAAUCGGUGGACUGUCUCAGCCUCCCGAAGCGGUAGACCAGGUCGGCUCUUGCAACUCUAAGGAAGACUCGUGGCUCGACUUCAUGUCUGACUGGUUGGACUGGUAG